ACUCAGGUGGCACAACUGAUACUGAACUCGGGAGCCCUGAAUACCACAGAUUUCAUUGAUCGUGUGUUUGAGCGACUGGAAAAGGGCAACGCUCUGAAAAAUGUGGAUGAAUUCCUGACACAGCUGACAGCCAAUGGACAGAGCCCAGAAUUCCAGCCUGUUGUGAGAGAUCGUGUAAUGAAUAAGACCUUCACUAUCAUCAGUCCUCAUUUCGCGGAAUUCACCAAAAACGACUUUGACAUUUGGUUCCAUGUGAAACUGGUUCCUGUCCUUGCAAGCUUCACUCCAGCAAUGCUCCAAAAUGCAACCACAAACAUCAACUGCACCAACUACCGUGUCAUUGUGAGUGGGAUGGCUAAAGUUUUCUCGGCAAUUCCAUCGGACAGACGACAAGGAAUCACAGAUGUUCUGCUGGGCUACCUGAGAAAAUCUGGCAGUGUCAUCGACAAGCCAGUCUGCAGGCAGAACAAUGAGAGCGAUGGCCAAUGGGUUGAGGCAAAUCUGGGUCCAUUUGUCCAAUACACAGCAUACACUGACCUCAACGACUUCAACAUUUCUACAGCUGGAUUGUUGUCAGCGCUCAGUCCUAAUCAGGUGGCACAGCUGAUAUUGUCCUCUGGAGCCUUGAAUGACACAGAUUUCAUUGAUCGUGUGUUUGAGCGACUGGACAAAGGCAACGCUCUGAAAAAUGUGGAUGAAUUCCUGACACAGCUGACAGCCAAUGGACAGAGCCCAGAAUUCCAGCCUGUUGUGAGAGAUCGUGUAAUGAAUAAGACCUUCACUAUCAUCAGUCCCCAUUUCACGGAAUUCACCAAAAACGACUUUGACAUUUGGUUCCAUGUGAAACUGGUUCCUGUCCUUGCAAGCUUCACUCCAGCAAUGCUCCAAAAUGCAACCACAAACAUCAACUGCACCAACUACCGUGUCAUUGUGAGUGGGAUGGCUAAAGUUUUCUCGGCAAUUCCAUCGGACAGACGACAAGGAAUCACAGAUGUUCUGCUGGGCUACCUGAGAAAAUCUGGCAGUGUCAUCGACAAGCCAGUUUGCAGGCAGAACAAUGAGAGCGAUGGCCAAUGGGUUGAGGCAAAUCUGGGUCCAUUUGUCCAAUACACAGCAUACACUGACCUCAACGACUUCAACAUUUCUACAGCUGGAUUGUUGUCAGCGCUCAGUCCUAAUCAGGUGGCACAGCUGAUAUUGUCUUCUGGAGCCUUGAAUGACACAGAUUUCAUUGAUCGUGUGUUUGAGCGACUGGACAAAGGCAACGCUCUGAAAAAUGUGGAUGAAUUCCUGACACAGCUGACAGCCAAUGGACAGAGCCCAGAAUUCCAGCCUGUUGUGAGAGAUCGUGUAAUGAAUAAGACCUUCACUAUCAUCAGUCCUCAUUUCGCGGAAUUCACCAAAAAUGACUUUGACAUUUGGUUCCAUGUGAAACUGGUUCCUGUCCUUGCAAGCUUCACUCCAGCAAUGCUCCAAAAUGCAACCACAAACAUCAACUGCACCAACUACCGUGUCAUUGUGAGUGGGAUGGCUAAAGUUUUCUCGGCAAUUCCAUCGGACAGACGACAAGGAAUCACAGAUGUUCUGCUGGGCUACCUGAGAAAAUCUGGCAGUGUCAUCGACAAGCCAGUUUGCAGGCAGAACAAUGAGAGCGAUGGCCAAUGGGUUGAGGCAAAUCUGGGUCCAUUUGUCCAAUACACAGCAUACACUGACCUCAACGACUUCAACAUUUCUACAGCUGGAUUGUUGUCAGCGCUCAGUCCUAAUCAGGUGGCACAGCUGAUAUUGUCCUCUGGAGCCUUGAAUGACACAGAUUUCAUUGAUCGUGUGUUUGAGCGACUGGACAAAGGCAACGCUCUGAAAAAUGUGGAUGAAUUCCUGACACAGCUGACAGCCAAUGGACAGAGCCCAGAAUUCCAGCCUGUUGUGAGAGAUCGUGUAAUGAAUAAGACCUUCACUAUCAUCAGUCCCUAUUUCACGGAAUUCAACAAAAACGACUUUGACAUUUGGUUCCAUGUGAAACUGGUUCCUGUCCUUGCAAGCUUCACUCCAGCAAUGCUCCAAAAUGCAACCACAAACAUCAACUGCACCAACUACCGUGUCAUUGUGAGUGGGAUGGCUAAAGUUUUCUCGGCAAUUCCAUCGGACAGACGACAAGGAAUCACAGAUGUUCUGCUGGGCUACCUGAGAAAAUCUGGCAGUGUCAUCGACAAGCCAGUUUGCAGGCAGAACAAUGAGAGCGAUGGCCAAUGGGUUGAGGCAAAUCUGGGUCCAUUUGUCCAAUACACAGCAUACACUGACCUCAACGACUUCAACAUUUCUACAGCUGGAUUGUUGUCAGCGCUCAGUCCUAAUCAGGUGGCACAGCUGAUAUUGUCUUCUGGAGCCUUGAAUGACACAGAUUUCAUUGAUCGUGUGUUUGAGCGACUGGACAAAGGCAACGCUCUGAAAAAUGUGGAUGAAUUCCUGACACAGCUGACAGCCAAUGGACAGAGCCCAGAAUUCCAGCCUGUUGUGAGAGAUCGUGUAAUGAAUAAGACCUUCACUAUCAUCAGUCCCCAUUUCACGGAAUUCACCAAAAACGACUUUGACAUUUGGUUCCAUGUGAAAAUGGUUCCUGUCCUUGCAAGCUUCACUCCAGCAAUGCUCCAAAAUGCAACCACAAACAUCAACUGCACCAACUACCGUGUCAUUGUGAGUGGGAUGGCUAAAGUUUUCUCGGCAAUUCCAUCGGACAGACGACAAGGAAUCACAGAUGUUCUGCUGGGCUACCUGAGAAAAUCUGGCAGUGUCAUCGACAAGCCCGUUUGCAGGCAGAACAAUGAGAGCGAUGGCCAAUGGGUUGAGGCAAAUCUGGGUCCAUUUGUCCAAUACACAGCAUACACUGACCUCAACGACUUCAACAUUUCUACAGCUGGAUUGUUGACAGCGCUCAGUCCAACUCAGCUGGCACAACUGAUACUGAACUCGGGAGCCCUGAAUACCACAGAUUUCAUUGAUCGUGUGUUUGAGGGACUGGAAAAGGGCAACGCUCUGAAAAAUGUGGAUGAAUUCCUGACACAGCUGACAGCCAAUGGACAGAGCCCAGAAUUCCAGCCUGUUGUGAGAGAUCGUGUAAUGAAUAAGACCUUCACUAUCAUCAGUCCCCAUUUCACGGAAUUCACCAAAAACGACUUUGACAUUUGGUUCCAUGUGAAACUGGUUCCUGUCCUUGCAAGCUUCACUCCAGCAAUGCUCCAAAAUGCAACCACAAACAUCAACUGCACCAACUACCGUGUCAUUGUGAGUGGGAUGGCUAAAGUUUUCUCGGCAAUUCCAUCGGACAGACGACAAGGAAUCACAGAUGUUCUGCUGGGCUACCUGAGAAAAUCUGGCAGUGUCAUCGACAAGCCAGUUUGCAGGCAGAACAAUGAGAGCGAUGGCCAAUGGGUUGAGGCAAAUCUGGGUCCAUUUGUCCAAUACACAGCAUACACUGACCUCAACGACUUCAACAUUUCUACAGCUGGAUUGUUGUCAGCGCUCAGUCCUAAUCAGGUGGCACAGCUGAUAUUGUCCUCUGGAGCCUUGAAUGACACAGAUUUCAUUGAUCGUGUGUUUGAGCGACUGGACAAAGGCAACGCUCUGAAAAAUGUGGAUGAAUUCCUGACACAGCUGACAGCCAAUGGACAGAGCCCAGAAUUCCAGCCUGUUGUGAGAGAUCGUGUAAUGAAUAAGACCUUCACUAUCAUCAGUCCCCAUUUCACGGAAUUCACCAAAAACGACUUUGACAUUUGGUUCCAUGUGAAACUGGUUCCUGUCCUUGCAAGCUUCACUCCAGCAAUGCUCCAAAAUGCAACCACAAACAUCAACUGCACCAACUACCGUGUCAUUGUGAGUGGGAUGGCUAAAGUUUUCUCGGCAAUUCCAUCGGACAGACGACAAGGAAUCACAGAUGUUCUGCUGGGCUACCUGAGAAAAUCUGGCAGUGUCAUCGACAAGCCAGUUUGCAGGCAGAACAAUGAGAGCGAUGGCCAAUGGGUUGAGGCAAAUCUGGGUCCAUUUGUCCAAUACACAGCAUACACUGACCUCAACGACUUCAACAUUUCUACAGCUGGAUUGUUGUCAGCGCUCAGUCCUAAUCAGGUGGCACAGCUGAUAUUGUCCUCUGGAGCCUUGAAUGACACAGAUUUCAUUGAUCGUGUGUUUGAGCGACUGGACAAAGGCAACGCUCUGAAAAAUGUGGAUGAAUUCCUGACACAGCUGACAGCCAAUGGACAGAGCCCAGAAUUCCAGCCUGUUGUGAGAGAUCGUGUAAUGAAUAAGACCUUCACUAUCAUCAGUCCCCAUUUCACGGAAUUCACCAAAAACGACUUUGACAUUUGGUUCCAUGUGAAACUGGUUCCUGUCCUUGCAAGCUUCACUCCAGCAAUGCUCCAAAAUGCAACCACAAACAUCAACUGCACCAACUACCGUGUCAUGGUGAGGGGGAUGGCUAAAGUUUUCUCGGCAAUUCCAUCGGACAGACGACAAGGAAUCACAGAUGUUCUGCUGGGCUACCUGAGAAAAUCUGGCAGUGUCAUCGACAAGCCAGUUUGCAGGCAGAACAAUGAGAGCGAUGGCCAAUGGGUUGAGGCAAAUCUGGGUCCAUUUGUCCAAUACACAGCAUACACUGACCUCAACGACUUCAACAUUUCUACAGCUGGAUUGUUGACAGCGCUCAGUCCAACUCAGCUGGCACAACUGAUACUGAACUCGGGAGCCCUGAAUACCACAGAUUUCAUUGAUCGUGUGUUUGAGCGACUGGAAAAGGGCAACGCUCUGAAAAAUGUGGAUGAAUUCCUGACACAGCUGACAGCCAAUGGACAGAGCCCAGAAUUCCAGCCUGUUGUGAGAGAUCGUGUAAUGAAUAAGACCUUCACUAUCAUCAGUCCCCAUUUCACGGAAUUCACCAAAAACGACUUUGACAUUUGGUUCCAUGUGAAACUGGUUCCUGUCCUUGCAAGCUUCACUCCAGCAAUGCUCCAAAAUGCAACCACAAAACAUCAACUUGUGAGUGGGAUGGCUAAAGUUUUCUCGGCAAUUCCAUCGGACAGACGACAAGGAAUCACAGAUGUUCUGCUGGGCUACCUGAGAAAAUCUGGCAGUGUCAUCGACAAGCCAGUUUGCAGGCAGAACAAUGAGAGCGAUGGCCAAUGGGUUGAGGCAAAUCUGGGUCCAUUUGUCCAAUACACAGCAUACACUGACCUCAACGACUUCAACAUUUCUACAGCUGGAUUGCUGUCAGCGCUCAGUCCUAAUCAGGUGGCACAGCUUAUAUUGUCUUCUGGAGCCUUGAAUGACACAGAUUUCAUUGAUCGUGUGUUUGAGCGACUGGACAAAGGCAACGCUCUGAAAAAUGUGGAUGAAUUCCUGACACAGCUGACAGCCAAUGGACAGAGCCCAGAAUUCCAGCCUGUUGUGAGAGAUCGUGUAAUGAAUAAGACCUUCACUAUCAUCAGUCCCCAUUUCACGGAAUUCACCAAAAACGACUUUGACAUUUGGUUCCAUGUGAAACUGGUUCCUGUCCUUGCAAGCUUCACUCCAGCAAUGCUCCAAAAUGCAACCACAAACAUCAACUGCACCAACUACCGUGUCAUUGUGAGUGGGAUGGCUAAAGUUUUCUCGGCAAUUCCAUCGGACAGACGACAAGGAAUCACAGAUGUUCUGCUGGGCUACCUGAGAAAAUCUGGCAGUGUCAUCGACAAGCCAGUUUGCAGGCAGAACAAUGAGAGCGAUGGCCAAUGGGUUGAGGCAAAUCUGGGUCCAUUUGUCCAAUACACAGCAUACACUGACCUCAACGACUUCAACAUUUCUACAGCUGGAUUGCUGUCAGCGCUCAGUCCUAAUCAGGUGGCACAGCUGAUAUUGUCCUCUGGAGCCUUGAAUGACACAGAUUUCAUUGAUCGUGUGUUUGAGCGACUGGACAAAGGCAACGCUCUGAAAAAUGUGGAUGAAUUCCUGACACAGCUGACAGCCAAUGGACAGGUAGGCUACUCUUCAGAGAGUGUGAAGGAUUUUUAUUCCAGCAUGUCAGAAAAAGCCAUGUCUAAACUGCAAGAUUGCUUUGAAGGACUGAUUCACACGAAAUACUAA